AUGGAAAAAGCUCUCUCAACUGAAGCAUUAGAAAAUGGAAGGCUAAGUAACGCAAGAGCUAAUGAUGAAAUAUUUUUAUAUCUAGGUUCCCCUGCUGCAUCGACGUUAUUUGCCACCUCAACCCAAACUUUUCUGUAUCAUGCAGGUUUAUCCAAUUUAUUCGAGGAACUGGAGCUAAUGCCGAGUAUUCUAGAACGAGAAAAGGAUAUUUUUCUAUAAAUGUACAAGUAGUAGUUGAUCCAAAUUUAUUGAUAAACAAUAUUGUUGCUCGAUGGCCUGGUUCAAUGCAUAAUCAAACAAUACUGAACAAUAGCUCAAUAAAGCCACAGUUUUGAAAUAAUAGAUCUGGGAAGUCUGUAGUGCUGGGAGAUUCAGGAUAUGCAUUAAGAAAAUACUUAAUAACACCUAUUGUUAAUCUAACAACUGAAGUGGAACAAGUAUUUAAUGAGGAGUCGAAAUCCAAUUGAAAGAUUGUUUGGUGUUUUAAAAAGAAGAUUUCCAGUUCUUUCGCUUGGUAUAAGAUUAUCUCUGGGGACAGCAAAGACUCUUAUUGUAGCAUGUAUAGUUCUUCAUAAUAUAACAGUUAAUAUGAACGAGCCAGAACCUCUCCAAGAUGAUGAUCAGAAUAGAGAAUGGGGGGCAGAAGAAAAUGUGGAUGGAAUUGAUGUUCAUAGGUUGGAACAUGACUUUCGAGUAGAAUUUCUUAUAUACUUUAUGAAUCUAUUAGAAGAAAAUCACAAAACUAUUUUGCAUGAUAAUUUAUUGAAAUAUAUUUGUAAAUGUAUUUGCAAC